AUGGCCACACCUACCAGUACUUGUGAGAAUCACGAUAAUGUAACCACAACCACAACGAAUGUACAAGAUCGAUUCUUACGAAAGGUCAUUGAACUCUAUGAAUACCAACAAGUUCAUGGGGAUACCAUGGUCCCACGAGGCUACCCUGCCAAUCGUCCCUUGGCCAACUUUGUAUCCAAACAACGGCAACUCUAUCGCAAAGGAUUGUUAUCAGAGGAACGCAUCGAAAUAUUGAAUCGAUUGGACUUUGUCUGGAAAUGUCCGCAAGAGAAGAAAGAUCGGCCACCACCUCGAAAACCCACCAACCAAGAAUGGACUGCAUGCUACCAAGAAUUGGCCAACGGCAUUGACGAUUGGUUGGAGCGUCUGCGUAGUAACGGUACCGCCAAUGAGAAUGGAUAUAGUUAUAUCGAUCCCGACUCGUCCUUGGAAAUUCCCCACCACGCGGCCAUUAUGAUUGCCGUCUGGAGACUCUCCCGCAAUCGGUCCAUCGUGGGUCUGUGGCUCGCCAAGCAACGCACGGACCAUCAGGCAUGGAUGACUGCGUCCACAACCACAACAAGCGACGAUGGUAGCAGCCAUGCAUUAUUUUCACAAGGCAAACUCGACCAACUGAACCAGUUGGAUCCCCACUGGCAGCUCGGAUCUCGCGAUCGACAAUGGAUGAUUCGAUUCCACACCCUCCAAGCAUAUCAACAAACCUUUGGGGAUACCCUCGUUCCCAUUGGAUGGGCACAAUCCCCUCCGUUGGCCCAUUGGGUCAGCAAUCAACGCAAAAAUUACAAUCUCAAACAACAGAGACUCGCCAACACAUUGACGGACCAACGACAAGCCUUGUUGGAGUCCAUUGGGUUUGUCUGGGAUCGAUGGGAGUUUGAAACAUUAUCGGAAGAGCUAUUAUAG